GUAUAUCACCAAAACAGCUGGUUUCGGUCGCGUCAUUUAAAUUUAUUUACAAAUAAACACAAAAGUAUUUUUCAAUUGUUAGUUUUAAUAAUAGAAUUAUUCAAUUCGGUAAAGACAUAAAUUGUAUAUUAAAUAGUGCACAAAUAAUACUAAACUAUUCGUUUCCGAUAGUGGUCUUCAUGGCUCUGAAACAUGUAGUAAUAGGUAAGUAACAACGUAAAAAACCUUACAGGUGGUGGCACCGGAUUUAUCGGUAAACGUUUGGCACAAACUCUCCGAUCCGAUGGAUACGAUGUGACCACUAUCUCACGGAUGCCCGCGGUCAAGCACAUGACCUGGCACGAUUUGGAGAAAGAUGGUCUACCGACAGGAACUUCGGCUGUGGUCAAUCUAGCUGGUCAAAAUGUCCUGGACCCAACACGACGUUGGACUCCGGGUUUAAAGCAAAAUGUGUGGAAUUCACGAAUCAAUACGACUGCUGCUUGUGCAAGAGCCAUUGAAAAAGCCACGAUAAAACCAAAAGUGUUUGUCAGUAUUUGUGGAGUGAGCCAUUAUGCACCCGGGCCACAAUUAAACACCGAAGAAUCUAAAACGACCGAGUUCGAUUUCAUGUCCCGACUGUGCAUCGAAUGGGAAAAAGCGGCCAACCUGUCGGAUAAUUCAAUUUGCCGCGUGGUCAAGAUACGGAGUGGCGUCGUAAUUGGGCGGGAAGGUGGCAUGAUCCAGUCGUUGAUUCUACCAUUUUGGCUUGGAUUUGGAGGCCCUAUUGGAGACGGAAGUCACGAUUUACCUUGGAUACAUGUGCAGGAUAUUUGCAACAUGAUUAAAUUUGCAAUCGAGAAACCGGAAGUUAAUGGAAUCUUGAACGGAGUUGCACCGGAAUUGAUUACGAAUCGAGAUUUUACCAAGGCUUUCGCAUCGGCUUUGAUUCGACCGGCAUUCUUCCCGCUGCCGGAAUUCGUGCUGAAUCUUAUUUUUGAUAAAGAACGCGCUGCUCUGCUGACCCAAGGCGCCAAAGUCGUUCCUAAACGCCCGCAGGAGUUAGGAUACAAAUACCAGUUUCCUGAUAUCCGUUCUGCUUGUAAAGAUGUGGCCAGAUUGUUCCCUUAGAUAGCGCGAUAUUCAUUCAUCUAUGUUUAGAAUUACUAUUCAUUAAAUCACGAAGACAAUGCGUUCACAAAUUACAAAGCGAAUAUAGAAUGUAAUAUAAAAGUCACAUUAUUUA